GCGACGCAAACGGUUCGUAAUUCGUGCGCUCUUUGCGAAAUAUUUCCAAACAAAACACAACACUCCAAAAAUAUUCAAAGUCGCGCGUGCGUAGAGCGAGAGAGUUUAGUGCAGUUUUGAAAUAGUUGAACAACAUUGUGAAAUACUCGAAACUAAACUGAAUGAUGAGUGCAUAAAACAUAAACAAAUUGUAAACACAGCAAAUAAACAAAUUUUGAUAAAACUCAUCAAUUGAAACACUUUGGGAUUAGUUUCAAUUUGAACAAAAAAUUAAAACAAACGCUAACAAAAUGGUACGCAGCUUGGCUCAGUGGACAAAAACGUUGAGUUUUCCCUCACGUCUGUCGCCCAAUCGCAAUUCAAAGGAUUGCUCCACAUUGGCCAGCCCAAUGCCACCGCCAACGCCACCGCGCAACAAAACCAAAGGUCACAGCAAUUGCGCCACAUCGCGCUCCUCCUCAUCGACAGUGUCCUCUUCCCAUUCAUCGUCGGCUGCUUCACACAAUUCCCCAACGCCGGGAAGCAAUAGUAACAACAAUAACAUCAACAAUAUGCCCAUAACGGAACUGGAACAGAUCAUCUAUCCCGGUCCCGAUCCAAAACAGAACAUCAUGGGUUCCCUGGUCUUUUGCAUACACCACAAGCAAGGCUGCAAAUGGUCUGAUGAGCUGCGUAAACUUAAGGCACAUCUUAACACAUGCAAACACGAUGCCACCCAGUGUCCCAACAAAUGUGGCGCACAAAUACCGCGCAUCAUGAUGACAGAUCACUUGCAAUACACUUGCACUAUGCGACGCACCCGCUGCGAGUUCUGCCAAAGCGAAUUCUCAGGAGCAGGUCUUGAGGAGCACAACGGCAGCUGUGGCCAGGAGCCGGUGUAUUGUGAGGCCAAGUGCGGACAGCGCGUGCUGCGUGGUCGCAUGUCGCUGCACAAGUCCAAGGAUUGUGCCAAACGUUUGCGUCGUUGUGCCCACUGCCAGCGUGAAUUCUCUGCGGACACGUUGCAGCUGCAUGCGGCACAAUGUCCGCGCACUCCACUCGCCUGCCCCCAGCGCUGUGAUGCGGGUCCCAUUGCACGCGGCGAGCUGGAGGCACAUCUGCGUGACGAGUGCCAAUCGCUGGCGGUGUCGUGCAGCUUCAAGGAAGCCGGUUGCCGUUUCAAGGGUCCCCGGCAGCUGCUCGAUGCGCAUUUGGAGAACAGCGCUGCCGCACACUUAUCCAUGAUGGUGGCGCUGAGCAGCCGACAAGGUCAGCAGAUACAGAUGCUCAAGUCUGCCGUCUCCAAGCUGUCCAUUAACUACACCGGCACGCUGCUGUGGAAGAUCACCGAUUGGUCGGCAAAAAUGUCCGAGGCACGCGGCAAGGAUGGCUUGGAGUUGGUAUCGCCACCUUUCUACACCUCUCAGUACGGCUACAAGUUGCAGGCAUCGAUGUUCCUCAAUGGCAACGGCCCAGGGGAGAACACACACGUUUCGGUGUACAUUAAAGUGCUGCCCGGAGAAUAUGAUGCGCUACUGAAAUGGCCAUUCUCGCACUCCAUCACAUUUACGCUGUUCGAACAAGGCGCUCAGAGUGGACAAGGCGGUGUGGCUGAAUCGUUUGUGCCCGAUCCAACCUGGGAAAACUUCCAGCGGCCAUCGAAUGAACCGGAUCAACUGGGUUUCGGAUUUCCACGCUUUAUCUCCCACGAGCUGCUGCACAGUCGCCCCUUCAUCAAAGGCGACACAGUCUUUCUGCGCGUCAAGGUCGAUCCCAGCAAAAUUGUGGCCGUCUAA